AUGUCAACCCAACGACAAGCCACCUCCGCCUCGCAAACCCCGCAUAUCUCCCCCGCCGAACUCUCCUACCUCUACACCUCGCUCAGUCUCCCCCAGAACCCCAUCCGACCCGAUGGCCGCUCGGCGACGCAAUUCCGGCCGCUGACCGCCGAGACCGAUCUGCUGCCCGGCACGAACGGCAGCGCGCGCGUCGGGUUCGCGGACGGGACGCAGGCGAUCGUCGGCGUGAAGGCCGAGGUGGAGCGGACGGUGGUGGGUGCUGCGGCCAGUUACACUCUUGCAGAGGCCGAAGGCGCGGGGGAUCUCGAUGGGGAGGGUGGGGAGGGGUCGGGUUCUGCCGCUGGGGCUGGGGCUGCUACGGCCGGUCAUGGGUCGUGGGUGCAGAUGAGUAUCGAGAUCCCCGGGUUUCGGGACGACGAUGCCCUGCCGGUGUUUCUGGCGGAGAUGAUGCGGGAGCCGUUGGUUGAAAGUGUUUCUUCGGGGGGAAAGGGUGGUAACGGUCGUGAGGAAGGGGAGAUGGGGGGCGGUUUGAAGGGGCGGUUGGUGAUCAAUCGGAGGUGGCAUUGGCGGUUGUAUAUUGAUGUAUUACUGCUGUCGCAACCACUCUCCUACCCCCUCCCCCUGUUGUCACUGACGACACAUCUGGCGCUUCUGGCGACGAAACUCCCCAAGUUGAAAUCCAAGGGCGAGGAGGAUCCCUUCUUCGACGAUGACUGGAAUGCGGCCGAGUAUUUGUACCCCAGAGCUUCGUCGUUCCCCAAGUUCGGCGGUGGCACGGCGACGGGCGGUGUUCCGCCUCCCGUGCAACAUGUCCGGCCGCCGGUGACCCUCUUGGUGAUCGCCGUGGGCGACAAUGUCAUCUUCGAUCCGAACCGCGAGGAGAUCGCCGUCGCCGAUACCGUGCUGGCCAUCUCGGUGACGCGCGAUGGUGGUGCCGAGGGCGGCCUGAAGUUGUUGUCGAUCCGGACGAUCGAUCCCCCCUCGCGGCUGACGCAGCCUGGGGUGCCGAAUUCCGAGAAUGUGGCGACGCUGGGGGCUACGGCUGGUGCUGCUGGCUCGGAGGAGCAGCAGUCGGCGGCGGUUCUGAAUCCGGUGACGGGCGAGGAGGAGGUUCCUGGCGUGUGGAGGCCUCGUCGCGGCGGGGUGAAGAGGCGGACGGUGGCUAAGAUGGUCAAGUUAGUGCUGGAGAAGGGUGGGGUUGGUGAGGAGGUUCUGGAGGGUUUGGAGAGUGUGGAGGUUGGUUGA